CUAUCCUAGAAACCCAUCAUUGACUCUAUGUCAGAAGAUGGCUACAAGCUGGAUAAAUUACAAGGUGAAAUUGAAUUUCAUAAUGUAACAUUCCAUUAUCCCUCCAGACCAGAUGUAAAGAUUUUGGAUAACCUUAAUAUGGUUAUUAAAGCAGGAGAGACAACAGCUUUUGUUGGAGCUAGUGGAGCUGGAAAAAGUACAACAAUACAGCUCAUCCAGCGCUUCUAUGACCCCACCGAUGGCAUGAUUACCCUGGAUGGCCAUGACAUUCGUUCCCUUAAUAUCCAGUGGCUACGCUCACAGAUUGGUAUUGUUGAACAAGAGCCAGUGCUCUUUGCCACCACGAUUGCGGAGAACAUUCGCUAUGGUCGGGAUGAGGCUACCAUGGAAGACAUCAUCAAAGCAGCCAAACAGGCCAACGCUUACAAUUUCAUCAUGGACCUGCCGCAGCAAUUUGACACUCAUGUUGGAGAGGGUGGAAGCCAGAUGAGUGGAGGUCAAAAACAGAGGAUAGCUAUUGCUCGAGCUCUUGUGCGAAACCCGAAAAUCCUGCUACUGGAUAUGGCUACAUCAGCACUUGAUAAUGAAAGUGAAGCUAUUGUCCAAGAAGCACUUCAUAAGGCCCGCCUUGGCCGCACAGCAAUCUCGAUAGCUCACCGCCUGUCGGCCAUCAAAGCUGCCGACGUCAUCGUGGGCUUUGAGCACGGAAGGGCUGUGGAGAGAGGAACUCACGAGGAACUCUUGAGGAGGAAAGGGGUUUAUUUCAUGUUGGUGACCUUGCAAAGCCAAGGAGACACAGCACUUAAAAAAGAAGCAACGGAAACAGCAGAAAAUAAUGUGGUUGAGCCAAAUCUUGAAGAAGUCCAAACAUUCAGCAGAGGAAGCUACCAGGCCAGUUUGCGAGCUUCACUCCGGCAGCGCUCCAGAUCUCAGCUCUCUAAUGUGGUCCCUGAUCCCCCACUAUCCAUUCCAAGAGAUCAUGCAGAGUCUAUGUACCUUACGUCUUCUUAUGGUGAAGAUGAUGAACAAGCGAAAAAGGAAUCUGUUGUUGUGGAGGAAGAUGUCAAGCCUGUGCCAUUUACCAGAAUUUUGAAAUACAAUGCCUCUGAGUGGCCAUACAUGGUGCUUGGAUCUCUGGCAGCAGCUGUGAAUGGCGCAGUCAGUCCACUCUAUGCUUUGUUAUUCAGUCAAAUUCUUGGGACUUUCUCCAUUCUUGAUGAAGAAGAUCGAAGAAUCCAGAUCAACGGUGUCUGCCUGCUCUUUGUCUUUGUCGGCAUUCUUUCAUUUUUCAUGCAGUUUCUACAGGGAUACACCUUUGCCAAGUCCGGAGAGCUGCUUACAAGACGGUUAAGGAAAAUUGGUUUCCAGGCUAUGCUAGGGCAGGACAUCGGCUGGUUUGAUGACCGCAAGAACAGCCCUGGUGCACUGACUACAAGACUUGCAACGGAUGCCUCACAGGUCCAAGGGGCAACUGGAUCGCAGAUAGGAAUGAUCGUCAAUUCCUUUAGCAACAUUGGGGUGGCCAUGAUCAUUGCUUUCUACUUCAGCUGGAAACUGAGUUUAGUUAUACUGUGUUUCCUGCCAUUUUUGGCCUUAUCUGGAGCUGUGCAGGCUAAAAUGCUGACAGGAUUCGCCUCUCAGGACAAGAAAGCGCUGGAAGCUACUGGACGGAUUUCCAGUGAAGCCCUCUCUAACAUCAGGACUGUAGCUGGGAUAGGUAAAGAAAAAAUGUUUAUUGACAAUUUUGAGAAGAACUUGGUUAUGCCCUAUAAAGCUGCAACCAAAAAAGCACAUGUUUACGGAUUCUGCUUUGGCUUUGCCCAGAGCAUAGUGUUCAUUGCCAACGCUGUCUCGUACAGAUACGGAGGGUUUUUGGUUGGCGCUGAAGGACUCCAUUACAGCUUUGUGUUCAGGGUGAUCUCUGCUGUUGUGACCAGUGGGACUGCUUUGGGAAGAGCUUCUUCCUACACCCCAAACUACGCCAAAGCCAAAACAUCUGCCGCACGUUUUUUUCAGCUGGUCGACCGGCUUCCUAAAAUCAGCGUUUACAGCGAAAAAGGGGAAAGAUGGGACGAUUUCAAGGGCAGCAUUGAAUUUCUUAACUGUAAAUUCACAUACCCUUCUCGGCCUGACAUUCAGGUCCUGAAAGGACUCACUGUAGCUGUUAAGCCUGGACAGACUUUGGCAUUUGUUGGAAGCAGCGGCUGUGGUAAGAGCACCAGUGUCCAGCUUCUGGAGCGUUUCUAUGACCCUGAGAAAGGAAGUGUGGUAAUAGAUGGACACGAUACCAAGAAAAUAAAUGUACAGUUCCUUAGAUCAAAAAUUGGAAUUGUGUCCCAGGAGCCUGUGCUAUUCGACUGCAGCAUUGCUGAUAACAUCAAAUACGGCAGUAACACCAAAGAGGCCACGAUGGAAAAAGUCAUAGAGGCGGCCCAGAAGGCGCAGCUGCAUGAUUUUGUCAUGUCACUGCCUGAUAAAUAUGAAACUAAUGUUGGGGCUCAAGGAUCCCAGCUGUCUCGUGGGCAAAAGCAACGCAUUGCUAUAGCGAGGGCCAUCAUACGGGAUCCUAAAAUUUUAUUACUGGAUGAAGCUACAUCUGCCUUAGACACAGAAAGUGAAAAGACCGUACAGGCAGCACUGGAUAAGGCCAGAGAGGGACGUACCUGCAUCGUCAUUGCCCACCGUUUGUCCACAAUCCAGAAUGCUGACAUCAUCGCUGUGAUGUCGCAAGGACUCAUCAUUGAAAGGGGCACUCAUGAUGAACUGAUGGCUAUGGAAGGAGCUUAUUACAAGCUUGUUACCACUGGAGCCCCAAUUAGCUGA